CAGUGCCCGUCUGGCUCCAAGGCCUCCCGAGGCUCCAAGGACCGCAAGCCAUGGAGGAAACGGAAGCGAGCCUGUUGCACCAGUGCCCCUUGCUUCUGCCCCAGAACCGAGCGAAAACCGUGUAUGAAGGAUUCAUUACGGCUCAGGGAAGAGAUUUCCACAUUAAAAUAUUGUUGCCUGAAGAUUUGCAACUGAAGAAUGCAAGAUUACUAUGUAGUUGGCAGCUGAGGACAAUACUUAAUGGAUACCAUCAAAUAGUACAACAGAGAAUGAAGCACUCUCCUGAUCUAAUGAGCUUUAUGAUGGAGUUGAAGAUGGUUUUGGAAGUUGCCUUAAAGAAUAAACAAGAGAUACACGCAUUACCUCCUCCUCCUCAGUUCUACUCAAGCCUUAUCGAAGAGAUAGGAAUUCUUGGUUGGGAUAAACUUGUAUCUGCGGAUUCUUGCUUCAGUACCAUCAAGUUAAAAGCUGAAGAUGCUUCUGGUAGAGAGCAUCUAAUCACUCUCAAGUUGAAGGCAAAGUACCCUGCAGAAUCACCAGAUUGUUUUGUGGAUUUUCCUGUUUCAUUUUCUGUUUCCAGAACACCACAGAGCUCCAUAAUAAGCAUUUAUAGUCAGUUUUUGGCAGCAUUGGAAUCAUUCAAGGCAUUCUGGGAUGUUAUGGAUGAGAUUGAUGAGAAGACUUGGGUACUUGAGCCAGAAAAACCUACACGGAGUGCAACAGCACGCAGAAUUGCAGUAGGGCAUAAUGCUUCAAUAAAUAUAGAGGUAGACCCCAGGCAUCCUACUAUGCUUCCUGAGUGCUGUUUUCUCGGAGCUGACCAUGUGGUGAAACCCCUGGGAAUUAAGCUGAGCAGAAACAUACAUUUGUGGGAUCCAGAAAACACUCUGUUACAGAAUUUGAAAGAUGUUUUAGAAAUUGAUUUUCCAGCUCGUGCUAUCCUGGAAAAAUCUGAUUUUUCUAUGGAUUGCGGAAUCUGUUAUGCCUUUCAGCUGGAUGGUGCCAUUCCUGACCAAGUGUGUGAUAAUCCCCAGUGUGGACAGCCUUUCCAUCAAAUAUGCUUAUAUGAGUGGUUGAGAGGACUACAGACUAGCAGACAGAGUUUUAACAUCCUAUUUGGUGAAUGUCCAUAUUGUAGUAAGCCAAUUACCUUAAAAAUGUCUGGGAGGAAGCCCUGAAAUGUAAGAAUGUAACAUUUCUGUGAAGAACUGAAACUUUAAAAAUUAUCCAAAGAAUUCUGUUUGGUAUCUUCAAAGAAAAUACAAAGAAAGAAUACCAAUCAAAAGAAAAAGAAUGAUGAUGCCAUAAAAAUAUACAUCUGCCUUUGUCUCUUCACUGAGGGUGGACGGCUUUAAGCCUGUGACUUCUGUACGAGUUGUAGAAGUGCGCGUGCACCAAGGCGGGCGUCUUGACUCGUUGAACAUAUCUGGACUGGUAAAAUCUUGCUGGGGUUCAUAAAAUGAGUUUGGGAACUGCAUACAGCCAUCUUUUUGUGGAGGACUUUUUACUUCAUUCAAACGUUCUUGAGACUCAUAAUAUUUUUGUCUUCUCCUUGUGCUUUCCUGUGGAAAAAAUAAAUAAAUAUAUACAUUUAUUUACAUACAUAAAUGCAUACAUAAAUAAAAUACAUAAGUAUAUACAGCUAUCAAGUAUAUAUUUUGUGUACUCUAAGAAUGCUAAAUCAGUUUUUGUGUGUUUAUUUUACCUGAGAAGUUAUUUUUAGAUCCUGGACUUUAGGAGUAUAUAAAGUACUUACCAGUACCAAACAGUCAAAUCUGGUUAACAUUGGUUCCUUUAAAACAUUUAGUAAGCCAGUAAGUGAUCUUAUGGAUGUCAGUAAUAACUAGAAAUCUUUCUGGUUACUAAUAACUAAUACAGUGAUUCUUGGGGAGCAACACGGCUAUGUACCCACUGAGUGGACUGGGCUAGCAGCCUGCCCGCUGCAGCCUCCUGCCUGGGCUCUGGAGGUUGGCAUCUUCUGAUAACAGACCUCAAGAAGACAGCUGAUUAAAAUCCUAAUUUGUCCAGAAAGUUGAUCUAGGAAAAGAUGUUCAGUCUUUUCUCCUAGCAUAAAAGGAAACAAAGAGACUACACAAAUAAAAGUUUCACAGUGUUAAACUUGAAUGCCUAGGAGCAUUUAACGAAAUGUCAAGAGAUGUAGCCAAAGUACCUUUGUCCUUUGGUGGGGACUUGGAACAUGUGGUAUGGCAAGGAGGAUGACUGACUUCAAAUUACUCUAGCAAAUUCACACCAAUGCAGUUUUCCUAAAGUUUUAUCAGCUUAAUUUGCUAAAGGCAAAAUAAGUGAAUAGUCAUUUCACUGGGCCAAUAAUAUCAAUAUGUUGUUCUUCCACAAAGAAAAAGAAAUGUGCCCUAAAGUCAGAUAUUUCUGAAGGCUCAGAACCACUGGUAAGCUAACUCAAGCAGCAUCUAUAUAUAAUUUAGAUGUGGAAAUGGAUGACAGCCCCACCUAGAUAAGAAGUCAAGCUACUAAAAUACCAAGGCAUAUGUGUGUAACCUAUUCAUCUCUCUAAGCAACAACAAAUAAUAUCAAAUGGGCAUGUGCUCAUGAAAGAGUUUAAUCACCAGUUGUCUUCAGUUUACCGAGAGAUCCUAUUGGGAUAGUCUGUGGAAUACUUUAGAAAAGUGUGGCUCAUAAAGUUUUAUUGGAACACAGCCACACCCAUUUUUCCUGUAUUGUCUGUGGCUGCUUUUACGCUACAACAGCAGAGCUGAAUUGUUCUGACAAUGACUGGACUGUAAGCCUAAACGUAUGUAUUAUCUGGCCCUUUAAGAAAAAGUUUACUGGUUCCUGGUCUAUGACAUUCAAACAUUAAAAAGCUAACAAAUCAUUUUGAUUACCUUGUUAAGAAGCAGAUCUCACUCAAAAGGUCUGAGAUGAGAUCUUAGGUUCUGUGUUCCUAAGAACCACCAGGUGAUAUUGGUGCAGCUGGUAGGCAUAACAUGCUCUGAGGAGCAUGGGCUUAAGGUAUGCAAUGAUUUAUUCUGUUACAGCAGUGGUUCUCAGUCCGGGAGAAUUUUGUCCCACAGGGACUUUUGGCAAUUUCUUGACAUUUUGGGUUGUCACAGUGGGAAGAGGUACUGUUAGCAUCUACUGAAUAAAGGGUAGGGAUGGUGGCCUACAAUGUGCAGACAGCCCCGUACAACAAAUAACCCAGCCCAAAAUGCCAGUAGUGAUGAUAUCAUGAAACCCUGCAUUAUGAUCAGUCAUUAGCCUUGAACACACAUUAGAAUCAGUAAGGAAGCUAUGAAAAAAUGAGCACCCUUUCUAAGUUCUGGCCAGGAGUAAUAGCUAUCAGACUUCCCCUCCUGCUGUGAAAAGCCAUGAAAUAAUUACAACAAUGAAGCUGAGCAAAAUACAUGUAGCAACUGAUCAGGCAUUGAAAACAAGACUGAUUUUUUGAGGAAAGGAAAACAACCCAGACCCUAGAAAGGCCACAAUUUAAGAUGAUAUUUACUUUAGAUCAGCCCCUAUAAGUUUAAACAGAAAUCAGGAUAUGUUCAAGUUGAACCACCAGUAAAUUAACUGCCUGUUCGGACAAAAUUCAACACUCUUUAAUAAAAUGUGGAAUCUCAAGAACUUAGCACCCAGAAUGUUCAACAUACAAUAAAACUUUACACAUAAGAAGCAGGAAAAUUUGACCCAUAAGUACAAGGGAAAAAAUACAAAUAGACUCAUGUAUGACCCAGAUGGUAGAGUUAAUUAUCAAACAACAAUAAAAUAUCUACAUAGAUAUGUUCAAGGACUUAAAAGAAAAGUUAAACACAAUUAGUGAAAAGAUGAACUCAGCAAAGACAUGGAAAAUAUAAUGUACUUCUAGAACUGAAAAAUAUGACAUGAAAAAUUCACUGUCUGGAUUUCACAGCUAAUUUGAUAAUUGGUGGGAGGCCCAGCAAAAACAUCCAAACUAAAGUACAAGAUAAAAGACUGAUUUGAAAAAUGAACAGAGCUUUAGUUAUCUGUUAAAUAAGGCAAAGCAUUCUAAUCUGCAUAUAUUUGGCUCUCAGAAGGAGAAGUUAAGAAGAGUUAAGGCAGGAAACAGAUCAAAUAAAUCAUUUUCCAAUGUGAUGACAAAUACCAACCCACUGGUAAAAGAAGCUCAAUGAGCCCAAAGCAGAAUAAACACAAGACAUCCAUCCCUAAAAAAUCAAAGAUU